AUGCCUAACACCGUGCGCUGGCUAGGGGUUAUCCUUGAUAGGCAGCUAUCCCUAAAGAGCCACUAUUCCACGUGCCUCCAAAAGGCUCGGGGCACCGAGAUGAGACUCCGUACGCUAUGUAGGGCCAACGGCCUUACUCCAGAGCUGGUACGACGUCUACAGCGAGCCACCGUGCAAGCGCAGGCUCUCUGGGGAUCAGAGCUCUGGUGGCAAGGCCAAAAAACGUGGGCAUUAGGCCUACAGCGCCUAGUUAAAAUCCAAGCAAGGGCUAUUACAGGCAUGCUUCCUAAGGCGCCGAUAGGGGCCCUAAUCCGUGAGGCAGCUCUAGAGCCAGCGAACGUGCUGCUUGAUGCCAGGAAAGCUGGAUAUGUGACGAGGCUGUUAGGACUACCUGAGACCCACCCAACAGCGCAGCUGCUCCCAGUCACGCUCAGGCAUGGUGAUACCCACGCACAGCCUGGAGAGCACCCCCUAGAUAACCGAGAAUGGGCUCAAAGCAACGACAAAGUGCCUAAAAGGAUAGGCCAGAGGCUUGCUAAGCAUCUAGCUCAGCGCCUAACCAAGGACCCAUCAGGUGGAAUUGAGAGGACAGUGCAAAGCGCACCAGCAGCCUUUUCAGGCACUAUCCGGGUGCUGAGCACCGAACAAGCUCUAAUAGAAGCAGCAGAGUGGCGCCCAGGGACAACCCUAUGGUCAGAUGGCUCUAGGCAAGACAAUGGACGUACAGGCGCUGGAGUAGCGCUGCAGACGGUGCCAGAGGCCCCGUGGGAGCACCUAGAGAUACCUAUGGGCACUGGGCUUGAAGUUUUUGACGCGGAGCUCGUGGGAGUAGCUUCGGCACUAGAAUGGGCACUGGAGAGGCAUCUCCCAGGGGCUAUCUACGUCCUUUUAGAUGCCCAAAAUGCCAUCAAGCGCCUCUAA